AUGGCUGAUAAAUCAUCCACCGUAAAUUUAUCUGGAUUGGAUGUUGAAAGAGCAAAGUUCAUGAAUAAAGUGAACUGUUUAAAAGGACAAAAUGUUCAGGAGAAACCGAACAUUGUCGUGAUAAUGGCUGAUGAUCUAGGAUCCUUUGACCUUAGUCUUAGAGGAUGCAAUGAGAUUUUGACGCCCAAUAUCGAUGCUUUAGGCUACCAGGGGGUGAUCUUUAAUCGUCACUAUACACAAGCGCUAUGUACACCUUCAAGGGCUGCCUUUCUGACUGGAAAAUAUCCCAUACACACUGGAUUGCAAAAUCUUGUAAUCCUUGAAGAUGAACCAAGAGGUCUUCCACUUACCGAAAAAUUACUCCCGCAGUAUCUAAAGGAAGUCGGCUAUAAAACCCAUAUGGUGGGAAAAUGGCACUUAGGAAUAGCCAAGAAAACUUUUAUACCUACUAAAAGAGGUUUUGAUUCAUACGUCGGAUACUUAGGACCUUACAUUGAUUAUUUUGACUAUACUCUUUACAAUCCUUUGAGGAACUUAGCUAGGGGUUUUGAUUUUCGGCGGAACGAAAGUAUUUACAGAGAUACAGUUGGUCAAUACGUAACAGAUGUCUUUACUGAUGAAGCCUCCAAAACUAUUCGGAACCAUGAUCCUUCACAAGGACCUAUGUUUUUGUAUAUAGCACACCUUGCCCCACAUGCAGCAAAUCAAGAUGAUCCAUUGCAAGCUAUCCCGGAGGAUCUAGCAACCGUUACCCAUAUUAAAGACCCAAAAAGAAGAUAUUUCGCAGCAAUGGUCAAGGCAUUGGAUAGAUCCGUUGGAUUUGUGGUUGAGGCACUUCAGGAGAAGGAUAUGCUUAAAAACACCAUUAUCUUAUUCUUCUCGGAUAAUGGAGGUGCAACACUUGGACCACUCAGUGUUGCAGCAUCCAACUACCCAUUAAGAGGACAAAAAGAUGGUCCUUGGGAAGGAUCUGUCCGGAAUCCAGCAUUGAUUUGGAGUCCUUUACUACAGAAGCGUCACUAUGUGUCCAAACAUGUUAUUCACAUCACAGAUUGGUUGCCUACAUUUGUCCAAGCUGCCGGAACAAUUUCCUAUAAGUUCCAAAAACUUGAUGGGAAAGAUAUUUGGCCAACAUUGUCACAUAACAAAUCGCCACUUCGAAGAGAAAUCUUGCACAACAUCGAUACAAUAGAAGGAUAUAGUUCAUACUUCCGUGAUGGCUGGAAAUAUAUAAACGGAACAUCAAGAGGUGGAAGGUAUGAUGGCUGGCUGGGUAAUACAACUGGAAUAAGGUGCCCAGAAAACCCUUUUUACCCAGAACUUGUGAUGAAAAGCGCAGUUUGGAAAGCUCUAAAUCCAUUUGCACUAAAAUCUUUAAAUGCCAAAAACAUUGAAAAUAUUAGAGAUAAAACGAAGAUAGUUUGCCAGAAAAAGAUAUCACCUGCAAGGGAAUGUAAUCCCUUGAGAGCACCUUGCCUCUUCUAUGUUGAUGCAGAUCCUUGCGAGAUCAAUAACUUGGCUCAUUUUCGACCUAUAAGAAUGCAAGUUAUGGAAAAAAGACUACGGUCCUUUCAACAAACUUCAUUGCCGCCGUCCAAUGUUGCACCUGAUCCUGCUGCAAAUCCAGCCCUUCAUGGCAACAUUUGGACUUGGUGGUUAGGAGAAGAAUAA